AUGGAGCGCUCCCUGCACCGCGUCUCCCUCGGGAGCCGGCGCGCCCACCCGCACUUGUCCUUCUAUCUCACCACCUUUGGUCAGCUGAAGCUGUCCAUUGACGCCCAGGACCGGGUUCUGCUACUGCACAUUAUGGAAGGCAAAGGCCUGAUGAGCCACGAGCCUGGCAUUUGUGAUCCCUAUGUGAAGAUCUCCUUGAUCCCCGAAGACACCCAGCAGUGCUGUCGGAAGACGCAGACCAUCCCGGACUGCAGAGACCCAGCUUUCCACGAGCACUUCUUCUUGCCUGUCCCAGAGGAGGGUGAUCAGAAACGUCUUCUGGUGACGGUGUGGAACAGGGCCAGUGAGACCAGGCAGCGCGCUCUCCUCGGCUGCAUGAGCUUCGGGGUGAGGUCCCUUUUGACUCCAGACAAGGAGAUCAGUGGCUGGUAUUACCUGCUAGGGGAGGAUCUGGGCCGGACCAAGCACCUCAAGGUGGCUAGGCGGCGGCUCCGGCCCUUGAGAGAUGUGCUGUUGAGAAUGCCAGGAAAUGGGGACCCUGAGAGUGGGGAGAAACUCCAGAUCACUAUCCCGAGGGGCAAAGAUGGCUUUGGCUUCACCAUCUGCUGUGAUUCUCCAGUUCGAGUUCAGGCUGUGGAUUCUGGGGGCCCAGCAGAGAGGGCAGGACUGCAGCAGCUAGACACACUGCUACAACUGAAUGAGCGGCCUGUGGAGCACUGGAAAUGUGUGGAGCUGGCACACGAGAUCCGGAGCUGUCCUGGUGAGAUCAUCCUGCUCGUGUGGCGCGUGGUCCCCCAGAUCAAGCCAGGGCCGGACGGUGGAGUUCUGCGGCGGGCUUCCUGCAAGUCCACACAUGACCUCCUGUCACCCCCUAACAAGAGGGAGAAGAACUGUACCCAUGGGGCCCCAUCCCGUCCUGAGCAGCGCCACAGCUGCCACCUGGUGUGUGACAGCUCUGAUGGGCUCCUGCUUGGUGGCUGGGAGCGCUACACCGAAGUGGGCAAGCGCAGCGGCCAACACACCCUGCCUGCGCUGUCGCGCACCACCACCCCUACCGACCCCAACUACAUCAUCCUGGCCCCGCUGAACCCCGGAAGCCAGUUGCUGCGGCCUGUGUAUCAGGAGAAUGCCAUCCCCGAAGAACCAGGGACUACCACUAAAGGGAAAUCUUACACUGGCCUGGGCAAGAAGUCCCGACUGAUGAAGACAGUGCAGACCAUGAAGGGCUACAACAACUACCAAGAUUGCUCAGCCCUGAGACCACAUGUCCCGCAUUCAAGCUACGGCACCUAUGUCACCCUGGCCCCCAAAGUCCUGGUGUUCCCUGUUUUCGUGCAGCCCCUAGAUCUCUGUAACCCUGCCCGGACUCUCCUGCUGUCAGAGGAGCUGCUGCUUUAUGAGGGGAGGAACACAGCUUCCCAGGUGACACUGUUUGCCUACUCAGACCUGUUGCUCUUCACUAAGGAGGACGAGCCAGGCCGCUGUGACGUCCUGAGAAACCCCCUCUACCUCCAGAGUGUGAAGCUACAGGAGGGCUCUUCAGAAGACUUGAAAUUUUGCGUGCUGUACCUGGCAGAGAAGGCAGAGUGCUUGUUCACUUUGGAGGCUCACUCACAGGAGCAGAAGAAGAGGGUGUGCUGGUGCCUGUCAGAGAACAUCGCUAAGCAGCAACAGCUGGCCGUAUCGCCCCCGGAGAGGAAGAAACUUCACCCUUACGGCUCUCUCCAGCAGGAGAUGGGGCCAGUCACCUCCUUCAAAGCCACCCAAGAUAGAAGCUUUACCUCAUCAGGACAGACUCUGAUUGGCUGAACAAGCCCAAGGGCGGGACUGUGCUUCUGGCAACUUAACCCUAUGGGGGCUUUUCCUAUCACACAGUAACCUCAUCUCAACUGGACGACCCAAAACGGAAGACCAAGAUGGUGGGCCUAGGGUCAUCUGGAGGGAGUGGUCCCAAGGGUGUGUAUGGACUGGCAACAGGAGGAACAGUGAGAGACCCUGUGGGCUUGUGCAGAGUGGUCCCGGAAGUCCCGGAUGGAGAAGAUUCUGCAGCAAGCUUCCUUCAAGCAGAAGGAGGCUGAAUGGCACCUGGGCACCUGCCUGGGCACAGUGGGAAAGAGGGAGGGGUCACUCUAAUGGAGAAAUGCCUGUGACCCAUUCCUGCCAGAAGAUAUCUUCCCAUUCCUGUUUCAUCUGGACACAUUUACUUCUUCAUUCAGUGGAUACUGGGGGACAUCUCCUUUAUGCUAGGGGAACCUGUGCUCCCAUCAAGAUCCCAGGCCUCUUAGUCCUGAUAGGGAGAUAACAUUAAAUAAAUCAACACCAAUUCAUGAUUACACACUGGGGGAGUCUGAACAGAACCAUCGUAGAUGUCUUCAGAGAGGGCAUUGGGUCUAGCUACUAUGUUUGGGGUAUGAUGGGGAAAGACAUAGCUUGUAAGCCAAGGCCUAUGGACUGGAAAGGAACCCACCAGCCAAAGACUUUGGAGAGAGCAUUCCAGGCGGUGGAAACAGCACAGGAAGAGAUGGGAAGGACGGGGCAUGGUGUGUUGAGGACUAGAGGGAGGCUAUGUGGCUGCAGCUCUGCGAAGAGCACAUAAUUGGUGAUCAUAGGGAGCCAUGCAAGGCUUUUGAGGAAGGGUGUCACAGACCCCUCAAGUGUCUGUCUACAAGAUCAGAGUAGCUGUGAGCCUGGUUAGGCCGCCCCUUCGGGCUUCCCGGCGAGGAUAAUAGUGACUUGUUCUACAGGGUGCUGGGAUGGUAGGUAUUGGAUGCUAGGCUCUGGGACAAGGAGGGAUGAUUUGCUCAGCCCGGCCUGCCCUCAUACCCCACUGGGUCUUGCUGUCACAGUGUUGUGAAGUUUGAGGCCUCCCUCAUAAAUACUCUUCUGGUCAGUCCAGAUAGGACCAGUGCUGAGGGAAUGUCCGUGGCUCCUGUAACAGAAAAGCUUAGUUUUCCCAAGAUGGGAAAGUUCGAAGUUGUCCUGCCCCCAGGCUCCAUGGAGAUCAUCUAUAUUAGCACUGUCUCUUACGCCAAGGGGUCUUGAAGGAAGUCAGGGCCUUAUACUCAGAGAACUAGAGUCCAGGGUCCAGAGCCAGAUGUAGCUCAGCAGCCUUCACAGAGACAAGGCCAAAGUUAACCUGCCCAGGGCCAGUGAUGGGAGCUGACCUUGUCCACUCCCUGUCCACCUAGCUGGGACUCUGGACUGAGCAGCUUGCACAGCCUUCCCUAACUGCAGAGAUCCAGCAGGACAAAAUCUCAAGGCUGUAGAUUAAAGGGACAUAGGCUACACUCUAGAGAGUAUUUGUAGGUCUAGGUCUCCUGGGGGCUCCGAGACAGAAAGCUACAGUGAUGGCCAAGGCCAGAGAAGCCCCCACCUUAGUCAUGAAGGACCUUAGGGAAGAUUCCUGUGCUAUUCUGAGGUUGCUAGGGCCUCUAAACAGUGACCUAGAAGAGAGUGUGUCCCUUAUUUCAGUUUCUCUUCCUUCUAACAUAGAAUGAGACCAUGUUGAGUCAUCAGGCUGAUGGGAAAUGGGCUGAACCUGCAGGUGUCAGACUCACGUCCAGCCCAGUAUGGAAGGAAGCUGCUUGGCCUGGUUCAGGGGGCAUGUAGCACCCUGUGCCAGCCAACGAUCAGCCUGCAGGGUCUGUGCACACAGCACACUACACUUUGAUUUCAUUUGAUUCUCUUACAUUAAGAGGACCAUGAGGCACAGGAGAAUUGCCAGUCCAGGAAAUCAACAGUCUUGUCUCUCUUGGGUCUGGGGACCUGUGUCCAGCAGAGAAGUACAGAAGACUUGUGUCUGAGCUCUUGGCUCAGAAAAUGGAGGAUCUGAACAUAACACCCAUCCCUGGGAAGGGCCAUUCUCCUUGAUAAGCUCCUGCGCAGGACAGAUUCUCCCAUCAAGCUCUCAGGCCUGCUGCUGAUGGGGAAGAGGACAGGCCCCCUGGCAGGCCCUGGGCUAGCUCGCUCAGUGGCUGUGGUGACUGUCCUGCCUCAUGAAUCAAUGCGACAAUUAAUUGGGUGUCACGGACCCAGAGAAGAUGAAAUAUGACCUAGUGGCCUCUGCUCUUUAGUCCAUCCCAGCUGUUCAAGAGAAUGACCAAGCUCUCAACAUUGCCUCUGAGAGUCAUAAUCACGGGAAACAUAGCUGGGCUCCUCCCUGCCACAUAAAUCACACCAAGAAGCACACAAUGACCUCUUUCCUGAUGGGCCAGUUGUCUUGGGUGGUGUCUUUGGACCCAGAACUGGGAGGAUGGGAGCACAACCGCUUUAUUGUUGGAAGGCCAUUUGUGAGAUUUAAAUACAAAGUGCCCCUUUUA